AUGGCAGCAGAGAUUGGCCCAUCAAAACCGACAAUUAUCUUGGACUCUUCCGAGAACUGGAGCCUUUGCGAUGAGAUGGUCAAAUAUCAGAAGAAGGUCAAUGGUGUCGGCAAGGUCAAGCGAGAGAUCCUGAGAACGGUAGCCGCCAGCGAGCUUCGAAUAGCAACAACGGGAAGUCGACUUAUCGAUGCCAGAGUGUUUCUAAUUACUCUUAAAAAGAUAUUAUCCCCUAGGACAGCGGAUUGCCAGUAUGAGAUACGGUUAGAAUAUGAGAACCUUCGCAGAACGCCCAAAAGAAACCUAAAAGAGUGA